CAGAAUGUCUCUUUCUUUCUGUAAUAUGAUUUUAUGUAGUUUUUGUAGUAAAUAUAUGGUUUUACAAAUGAUAAUCAAUACGCCAAUGAUAAUGCAUGCCUAUAAAAAAUAUAUUCAAACUGUGGUUACUUUUCCUGAGAAAUAUGAAUCACAUGGCAGUACUGUUAACCACCACCAGAUGGCGCCAGUACACCAUUCAUAACAACAAGCUGUCAUAAAAAACCGAUAUUAAAAUUUGCUUACUUACAAUUGCUGACUAUGUAAAUUGUAAAUGUAUAUCUGCUCAUAAAAACAACCAUAAGGCUUAGAUAUACACAUCAUUUAUGUCAAGUUAAUAAUUUCAUCAAACUUUAUUGAAAUAUUGUAAUUGGAGUUUUGAUGCGCUGACUAAACCACGCCCACUGAGACCCCGCCCACGUAUAAAGUGAUGGAGAGUUCGAGCUCGAUUGUUUUAUUUGACUACUAGUGGUGACGAUGAAGAAGAAGAUGAAGACUGUGGUCUGUCUGACAACAAAAGUGUGAUUGAUUGAUUGAUUGACAGAUGAUCCAGGAUGCGCUGGAGCGCGUACGCGCCUGUGACCGCUGCUGUGCUGCUGCUCGUGACUUCAUCAACUCUGUUCUUCGUUUUUACGUGUCCCUGGCUCGCUCAGCACGUGUCUCUUACUCUUCCGUCAUGUGUUGGAGUCCUCUUCCUCUUUGUCAUGGCAAACUUCAUACGGGCAGCGUUUAUGGAUGCCGGUGUGUUCCCGAGGGCUGAUGAAGAUGAAGAUAAAGACGAUGAUUUCUGUGCACCGCUCUAUAAGAAUGUGGAGGUGAGAGGAGUUCAGGUGCGCAUGAAGUGGUGUCCCACCUGUCACUUCUACAGACCACCGAGAUGUUCACACUGCAGUGUUUGUGAUCACUGUGUGGAGGACUUUGAUCAUCACUGUCCAUGGGUGAACAACUGCAUCGGCAGACGAAACUAUCGCUUCUUUCUGCUCUUUCUUCUCUCUCUGAGUCUUCACAUGGUGGCUGUUUUUUCUGGUGGUCUCCUUUAUGUCCUGGAUCAUCUGGAGAACCUGUGGCAGCUACACGCUGCUGUAACACUGUCAGUGGUGAGCGUGUCGGGUUUGUUCUUCAUUCCUGUCGCGGGUCUGACGUGUUUUCAUCUUGUGCUGGUGGUGAAAGGUCGCACGACCAAUGAACAGGUUACUGGGAAGUUUCACGGUGGAGUCAAUCCGUUUACACGCGGCUGCUUCGGCAAUGUGAAGUUUGUUCUUUUCAGCCCAAUUACACCGACAUACGCUGGAAAACUUUGGGAUAAAUUUCCAAUUCACAUACCACCUCCAUUGUCUCAUUCUGAUUCUCAUCAGGUCGCUGUUAAGACUGAAGACAACAACAUCCAGAAACAAAUACUACCAACUGAUGAUGAUGAAGUUAUUAUUGAUCCUGAUGUCAGUCCACCUCCACUUCCACCUAAACCAGAUCCACUCGUGAUGAAGAAACACUUGGCUGCGCUUGAAGAGAGUCUGCUUCGGGUGAGGGCUAAACAUCAAACCUUUGAAUCAUCCAGCGCUGGCUUUUAUCAGAUUCCCAGAGAUGAGAUUGGGAAGAAGGAUUCGGUUUGUGAGUCCAGCGUGCUGCCGUCUGAAGAUCAGAAGAUGAUCUCUCUUCAGCGUCUGCAGUCUCCCACACUGAAUCUAAACUCAAUGAACGAACACUCGCUGAGUCUCCGUGCAGACAGAGUUCAGCUGCGCAGUCAGCAGACAGAAACUCUCAGUAAUCGGGCCGGUAGUCUCUCCUACGACAGUCUGAUCCGUCCGGCUGAAGUCACCCCGCGAAGGCUGCUUCAUGUGGGCAACCAGACGCCUUUACUUCCUCUGGAUCCAAAUCCGUCCAGGGCUCCUGAUGACAUGCGGCGAACUCCAGCACGCGCCUGCAGCCCGGUGUUUAUGAACAUUAGCCGACAUUCUCCAUCACCCGUUCACUACGAUAGCCUCCCUAAACCAGCCAUGAGCUCCAUCCAGGAGCACCGUGAGCCCGGUGACAAAUCCAAACCUUCUGUCGUUCUCGGAUCGGACGCAGGCGUCUAUGACACUCCCAGCAGACGCAGCCUGCAGUAUGAUUUUCGAGGGUCAUCUCGUGGCCCCACACCGCCGGCGUACGGUUCACGGGAGUUUCUCCUGAGCAGCGCCGCGUACGGUUACGUCAGCAGGUCUCAUCUCUCUUCAUCCGCCUCCCUCGGCCCGCGGACCUCCGGCUCACCGAUGCACUUUAAUGCAGCGCUUCAGGGUCGAUCUCUCUCCCCGUCUUUCUAUCAUUCACUGGACCGUCAAUCCCAAAUCUCUUCAUCCACAUUACCUGCAGCUCUUCAGAUCCCUCGAAACACUUUGACAUUCAACACUACCUGUGAGAGAAAAGACAUCAACCCAAACUGAGCGUUUUAAAACUUUACAAGAAUAUUUCUAGUUUUCAGUUUAAUCUAAGUCAUUUUUAUACGUUUUAAUGUAGUAAUUAUGUAGAAAUGUGAGCGUUUGCUGGUGAAACAGUAUAAGAAACUUCUUGUGGUGAUAUUCCCUUCAUUAAUUCUUAGUCUAUUUGUAUGUAGAUUUGUAUUUUUAUUUAAAGGUACAGUGUGUAAAUUUAAGCGGCAUCUAGUGGUGAGGUUGCGAAUUGCAACCAAAGGCUCAGUUCACUGCUCACCCCUCGCUUUUGAAACGCAUAGAGAAGCUACGGUAGCCGCCACUGGACAAACAUGUCAUCUUCAGAGACAACUUAGUAAAAAAGUUUGUCCAUUAAGAGCUUCUGUAGAAACAUGGCGGCCCAAAAUGGCGACAUCCAUGUAAGGGGACCCUCGUGUAUGUGUAUAAAAACGUCUCAUUCUAAACUAAUAAACACAUAACGGUUCAUUAUGAAAGAUCUUUAUACACCCCUGAUAAUAGUUUUGCAUAUAAUUUUGCAUUUUUGUCAAGAGAUCCUUCAAAAAAUUACACACUGCACCUUUAAUUAUAUUUAUGUUGCAUUAUUUGAUCUAAGAAGCUUGGUAGAAAAUCUGUUCAUUCUGUGCAUUAAUAAAAUGCAUACAUUUAUUUAUAUGAA